AUGCGCUCUUCAAUUCUCUUCGCUGCUGCCACAGCUGGCACUGGCUCUUUAGCCUACACAAUUCCUGCUAACCUUCAGGCAAUCUAUAACGCUCACAAGUCAGGAACUUGCGCCACCCCGCUCUCAGGGACCUCCUCGUCAGGAGCUGUAUUCUGCGGAGAUAUCCCAAAUGCUAUCUUUCUGAAAGGAAGCAAUGGAAACUAUGACAACAUGGACGUCGAUUGCGAUGGCUCCGACGACAAGGCUGGCGACUGCUCAAAUGAUCCUACCGGCUAUGGCGAGACAGCGUUCAAGGACACCGUGCAGUCCUAUGGCAUUUCCGAUUUGAAUGCCAAUAUCCAUCCAUAUGUCGUUUUCAACGAGCCACCUUUCUUCAACGCCGAGCAACAUGGCAUGAAGCCGCUGAGUGUAAUGGCUGUUGUGUGCAACAAUCAAGUAUGGUACGGCAUCUGGGGCGAUACCAACACAGAGCCGACUACAGGCGAAGCAGCAAUUUCACUUGCACAGCUGUGCUUCCCCAACGAGGGUCUCAAUGGCGACUUUGGCCACGGCACCAAGGACGUGCUGUACAUUGGAUUCGUCGGCGAUGAGGCCGUGCCUGGCAAGAACGGCGCCAACUGGAAAGCGAGCAAUGUCUCACAAUUUGAAGCCAGCAUCAAGUCAUUGGGUGAUUCGCUCGUCCAGAGUCUUGGAACCUCAACCGGCGGCGGCUCUGGCGGAGGUUCUGGCGGAGGUUCUGGCACCUGCUCCUGGGAGGGUCACUGCAUCGGGGCUUCCUGCGGAUCUGACGAUGACUGCUCGGAUGACUUCGUUUGCAGCAACGGCAAGUGUGCGGCGGAGUGA